AUGCCUUCUGCGAGGCCCGCGCCCUGCCUUCUCGCCGGGGUAAUCCUCUGGCGUUUGCUUUCAGCCCAGGCAGCCACCAGAACUUACUUCAUCGGCAUCCGCGAGGAGAACUGGGAUUAUGCUCCCACCGGGAAGAACCUGAUCACAGGGCAAGACCUCGCAGAGGACGGAGAAGCAGCUGUGUAUGUGAAAAGAGGAGAUAACAGAAUAGGCCGUGUUUACAAGAAGGCAAUUUUCAGACAAUUCACAGAUGAAACAUACUCUCGGGAAAUUCCCAAACCAUCUUGGCUGGGUUUUCUUGGUCCAGUGAUGAGAGCUGAAGAAAAAGACACUUUUAUCAUUCAUUUAAAGAACUUUGCUUCCCGGCCUUAUUCUGUCCAUCCACAUGGAGCCUCCUAUACAAAAGAGUCUGAAGGAGCUCUCUACCGUGAUGGAACAGGGGGCAAAAGCAAAGAAGAUGAUUUUGUUCUUCCGGGUACCAGUUAUACAUACACCUGGCCAGUUUCUGAUGAGUUUGCACCUACUUCAUCUGAUCCACAGUGCCUGACUUGGAUUUAUCAUUCGCACAUCGACACACCGAAAGAUAUCAACUCUGGGUUAAUUGGGCCUCUGCUGGUUUGUAAGAAAGGAUCGUUAGACAAUACUUCAGUGUCUGUGGAUGGCUACCCAAAAGGCUUUGCCCUGAUGUUCAGCGUUAUAGAUGAAAAUCUCAGCUGGUAUUUGGAGGAGAAUGUCAACACCUUCUGCUCAGAUCCCAGCACCGUUGAUAAAGAGGACGAAGAUUUCCAGCUUAGCAAUAAGAUGCACGCAAUUAAUGGCUAUAUUUUUGGAAACCUGCCUGGCCUGGAGAUGUGUGCCGGGGAAGUGGUGUCAUGGUAUUUAUCUGGGAUGGGAACUGAGAUCGACAUGCAUUCUGUGCAGUUCUUUGCUCACACCUUCCUUAACAGAGGUCACAGAGCAGAUGUGGUCAGCCUCUUUCCAGCCACCUUCAUCACGGCAGACAUGACUGCAGAGAACGUUGGGAAGUGGCUUUUGGCCUGCCAGGUCAAUGAUCACAUUCAAGCUGGUAUGAUGGGGCUCUACAGCAUUAAUGCCUGUGGUCAAAAUAUUAUGAAGCCUUCACAGAGCGGUCAGGAGAGAAGAUACUUUAUUGCUGCUGAAAGAAUCCUGUGGGAUUAUGGACCUGGUGGCAUCAAUAAAUUCACCGGGCAAGCUUUAAAUGCGACUGGCAGUGAGUCGGCACCUUUCUUUACGCAAGGGGAUGAACGAAUUGGAGGGCAGUAUUGGAAAGUUCACUAUGUGUCCUAUACUGAUGGAAAGUUUGCCCGAAGGAAGGAGCAACCUGAAGCUGCUGCCCACCUUGGCCUACUUGGCCCUGUUAUCAAAGCUGAAGUUGGUGACACCCUUUGGGUGACAUUUGCCAAUAAAGCUGACAAGAACUACAGCAUCAUGCCCCAUGGAGUAGCUUUCAGCAAAAGUUCAGAAGGAGCUCCUUAUGCAGAUGGGCAUCAGAAGCCAGGAGCUCAUGUUAAACCUGGUGGGACCUUUACCUACAAGUGGAGCGUUCCUGAAAGUGUUGGUCCAACAGACAGCGAUCCGCCAUGUCUCACCUACCUCUAUUAUUCAGCAACCGAUCCAGUGGUGGAUACCCAGUCUGGUCUUGUGGGACCUCUACUAGUCUGUAAGAAAGAUGCUCUGAAACCUGAUGGGACACAGAAGGGAGUAGAUAAAGAAUUCUAUCUGCUCUUUACAAUCUUUGAUGAGAAUCUGAGUUUCUAUCUGGACACAAACAUAGAUGCAUUUACUGGCAAUCCCCCAAAAGUUAAUAAGGAAGAUGAAGAUUUCCAAGAAUCCAACAAAAUGCAUGCUGUCAAUGGCUACCUGUUUGGUAGCUUGCCCGGCCUCACCAUGUGCAAGGAUGACAAAGUGUCUUGGCAUUUGAUUGGACUAGGCUCAGAGACCGACAUACACACUGUGCAUUUCCGAGGGAACAUCAUCCAGCUGAGUGGCACAACCAGAGAUACUUUCAGCGUGUUCCCUCACACGUCGACAACGGUGCUGAUGCAGCCAGACCGAGUGGGAACUUUCCAGGUGGUUUGCCGAACAUUUGAUCAUUUCAUGGGUGGAAUGAAGCAGCUGUAUGAAGUUAAGCCCUGUGGCAAGAGGCGGCACAAAGGGAGGAAAUAUGGGAUUAUGAGGACCUAUUACAUCUGUGCAGAAGAAAUGGAGUGGGACUACGCCCCUGACAAGAGCUGGGUAGAGAAGAAGUUGGAGAUGGCAAGCAAAGAGAAGAGCAAUGGAAAUGUAUUUGUGAACCGAACUGAAGACCUCAUUGGUUCAAAGUACAAGAAAGUGGUUUACAGAGAAUAUGAAAGUGGAGAGUUCACAGAGCACAAAAAGAGAACAGCAGAGGAAGAACACUUACAAAUUCUAGGGCCCUUGAUCCGUGCAGAGGUGGGCGACUCCAUACUUAUUGUAUUUAAGAACAGGGCAAGCAGGGAUUAUUCAAUUUCAGCACAUGGUGUGGAAGAAGAAGGAGCUGGGAGGGAGCCACUCAUCACUAUGCCAGGAGAAAUCAACACUUACCGAUGGAAUGUUCCAGAAAGAUCCGGUCCUGGCGUCUCUGAUCCCAACUGUAUUACUUGGGUUUACUACUCAACAGUGCAUUUUAUAAAGGACAUGUACAGUGGUUUGAUUGGACCACUUAUAAUUUGCAGAAAGGGAAUAUUAAAUGAGAAGGGUUUAAGGAAAGAUAUUGACCGUGAAUUUGCUCUUUUGUUCUUGGUCUUUGAUGAAAAUGAAUCCUGGUAUUUGAAUGAAAACAUUGAGAAAUAUCUACAGAAGGAUCCUAACGAAUUCAAUGGCACUGAUGACUUUGUGGAAGGGAACAACAUGCAUGCAAUCAAUGGAAAGAUCUAUGACAACCUUCCUGGAUUAACCAUGAAUGAAGGAGAAAGCACAAACUGGUACCUGAUAGGGAUGGGAAAUGAAAUCGACCUCCAUACUGUUCAUUUCCAUGGCGAGAGCUUUCUCUUCAAGACAGAUCAUGAUCACCGAGGAGAUGUGUACGACCUCUUUCCAGGGACUUUUCAGACUGUAGAGCUGCUAGCACUUAAUCCUGGGACUUGGCUUUUACAUUGCCACGUCCACGAUCACAUCCACGCAGGGAUGGAGACAACCUACACCAUCAUGAAAUCAGAUGGUGUUGGACACACAGCUACAACCAGGGUAUAUGAUGCAUCUUCUGGCAACAACAAAAUUACUGGAAAAGGUAAUGACAGAGCAGGAAUAGAAUUCCUUGGGAAGACUCUGGGCCUGGGAGAAGCAAGUUCGGUCCUCCAAGCUCUUUUUCUUACCGGACUGGCACUUUUGGCAGCCACGUUGCUUCUUAUGCUCAUUAUUGUUUGCCAGAAAAAAAGAGGCUAUUAUAAGUCCGUCGGUCACAAGUAUGAUCUCCCAAUGGAUCCCCUCUAAGCUGAUGGUGCAAAGGACUAUUGAAAUAACUUGAGAUUUGCCUAGCAGGGGAAGCUCAUGAAGCUGAGGGUCAUGCAGACUUAUUGUCACAACAACAAACCGUGCACGGGAAGUUGUCACAUCUGAACUGAGCCAAUGCUUUGACAUGACAAAGAGAAGCAAAAUUGUUUGGUUCCUAGCUCUCUCCCUACCCCUGGAAAACCAUUGGAAAGCCUUUUUCAAGAAGAUUCACUUUAGACCUGAUUACAUGCUUUGAUUGUUCUUGUGUGAAGUACAUUAUCCAGGCCUGUACAUUUUCUUCCAGUCUGCUGUAAACGAAGAGAGUGAUUUCACUGUUAAAAUAUAAACAUGGUAAAGAAUUAUGACUUAUUAUCCACUUUUUACAGG